CGACGACUAAGUCAAACACAUGACGAGAGUCGGAGCUCGAUUCCUCAGUCUUCUCUCUCCUCAAAGCCCUAGAAACCUCCAUUACCCACCACUCCAAGCUUUUCCUCAAACCCUAACCAGACUCUUUUCGGUAAUUUCAAAGAUGGAUCAGAGCAGUAGUGUCGCUAAUGGUGGGGGAUCUAGUGCUGCUAGGGUUUCGACCAUGUCCAACGGCGGAGAAGAUAACCUCCCAGCGGGUCAUUUCUGGUUGUCUCCGUCGAGUGCUCUCAAGAUUCAGAAGGGUGACAUCACUCGGUGGUUCGUCGAUGGUUCCACCGACGCGAUUGUCAAUCCAGCAAAUGAGCGAAUGCUUGGAGGUGGUGGUGCUGAUGGAGCCAUACAUAGAGCUGCUGGCCCAGAGCUACGGGCAGCAUGCUACAAUGUCCCAGAAGUGCAACCUGGAGUACGCUGCCCCACAGGAGAAGCGAGAAUUACCCCAGGUUUUAGGUUACCAACAUCACAUGUAAUUCACACUGUUGGGCCCAUAUAUGAUGCUCACAGUAACCCUGAAGCCGUUUUGAGAAGUGCAUACAGGAACAGUUUACGCAUUGCUAAAGAGAACAACGUUCAAUACUUAGCAUUUACUGCCAUAUCAUGUGGUGUCUAUGGGUAUCCUUAUGGUGAAGCCGCCACUGUGGCUAUAUCUUCAAUAAGGGAGUUUUCCAAUGACUUCAAAGAGGUGCACUUUGUCCUUUUCGCAGAUGAUAUUUACAAUGUUUGGUUAGACAAAGCCAAGGAAUUGCUACAAAAUUAGCAUUACGAAUGUGUAAUAGGGCAGGGAUGUGGCUACCUGUUGCCUGAUAUGUAUUAAGAGGCAGAAUGCAGUGUAUGGAAUUUCCCAAUUUGUGCUGUUAAUAUCUCUAUUAUAUGUCGUCAUUGAGAUGUGCAGUUCUAGCGUAGUCCAGUCUAUGGACGGGAAACUAUUGUCCAGUAGACUGAUAUAGCCCCUAUUGCAAAAUAACAGAUUGAUACUGUUUAGUGUUAUCUUUUUAUUAAAAAUGAUGCAUCUUGCACCUCUUGGAA